GGUGUUCAGUGCCACAACGAUCACGUCAUAACGGGACGCCCACAUUUUAAAUAAUUAAAUAGAUAAUGAGUUUAUACUCAGACCACAUCUCACAAACCAACGCAGCUCAACCUUACUGUCACGAGUUCAGCUGGGUUGACUCAUUAAACCAUAGACAUACAGGCUCUCGAGAGGGACCUAUUGAUGUGUCAUUCUCGUUUUAAAAAAUCAGGAGAAGGCAAUACCGUUUUUUUAAUGAUCGUUGAGUAAACAGGAACUGUUAUUGUUUCCGAAAUGUGUUUCCUUUUAGUGUGGGAAGAGUUUGAGACUGCUGCAUUGAGAUACUCAACUAUUUAUCUACGGAUCUGCUCAUUUUGAUGUGUUUACAAGUUGCGAUGAGUGAUAGAUCAGAAAGUUCUCACUCACUCAGGUGUGGUGAACGUGUCACCAGCGGAGCACGUACAAAGCCCUCUGAUUGGCUAAGCUAAUGUAUUGUUUGCUGUGUGGUUGGGUCGUCAGAACACUGCACUUGUGCGAACGUCGGAGUGUUUACAAUUGACGACUUUGAAAUGACUUAUCUUCUUGAUCAACAUUUAUUUUAACGUUUUUUUGUACUCAUCUUUUUAUCAUGAUGUCUGCAUGAGUGCGCGUUUAUACAGAGGAAAGGGUGAAAGGAGUCCAGAGGGGGCGAAGGCUGCUUCCUACAUCCAGGACAUGGAGCUGAGGGAGGAAUGGCAGGAUGAGGAGUUCCCCAGACCUCUUCCUGAAGAUUCCCAUAGUCCUGAGACCCAAGGAGAAAAUGCAGAGAGACCAGCUCCACCCACCAGCCUGGCCCUGUCAGAAAACCCCAUAAGGAAGAAGCGUCUGGUGGCGCCCACCCUCAGCCUGACCCUGUCCCGUACCGACUCAGCGGACCGCAGUGUGAAGUCAGGGGACACCGGGUACUCUGCCGCCGCCCUCUCACCCGACGAAGAUGACACCGAGCUGGACAUCAACCUGGAGGCCCUGGAGACGCCCUCGGACAGCGAGUCCUGCAACUUCCCUGACAGCAUGCACGAACUGGAGUGGGAGGGUGAGAGAGGAGACAAGAACUGGAGUGGGAGGGUGAGAGGGGAGACAAGAACUGGAGUGGGAGGGUGAGAGGGGAGACAAUAA